AUGAUUUCCAUAUCCGUGCUUUUUGUUUUUCUCGCUUCUCUUUUCGGAAUCACAUAUGCAGAUAUAUCCUCUGCUGCCGCCAAAUAUGAAAACCACGGUGCUAUUCCGGGUCAGUAUGAAGUCUUUUUAGAAACAUCGCUUGGAAAUUCCACAAGCUCAACAUUUAUUGUCUAUUCGGAAACGCCGCUCACCGAGGUAACUUACCCGGAUACGACCCACUUGACAUCCUCUAUUUUGAACGAGACUUUUUUUGUGAGCUGGACCCCGUCAAGCCCCAACAGCUCGGUGCCUGUCAAUAUCAGUCUUGUGAACCUUUUUGAGGAGAUUUCACUUGGCUUGAUUCCAAAUCUUGGCAACGCAACAUUCAACCUCUCACUGCUGAGGCCAUCGCUAAUCCCAUCGCCUGGAUGGAGUGUCAGUGUGAGUUCGCCGAUUUUCGGUACCAAUCAAUCCGGCCCCGUGGUAACAUUUACUCAUGCACCAAACAUUUCGGUGAUAACUUCAAGUUCUGCAGUCCUUGACUCGUAUAUUAAUGUUACAUGGGUGCCAUUCAACAUAAAAUGCUGCCCUCAAAUGACGACCAUCUCUAUCUUGAAUUCCACAGACGGUCAGUCAAUUUACUCCAUAGAAGUGCCGGACUUUGGCAAUGCUUUGUUCUUCCUCAAUAGCAGCUUUUUGACUGCGCCAAAUAGCUACUUCAUUUCGGUUAUGUCUAUGUAUGGAAUAGGAACAUCUGCUGCAGUGUUAGUGUUUCCAAUCGAGCCUCCAACGCCAUCGGUCGCAAUUGUCAAUGCUUUUCGUAUUGCCAGAGCUGGAAAAAUCUACUGGAUUGAUUACUUGAUAACAGGCGGUGCACAAACAUUAUCAUUAUCAUUUCUAUUGGUUGCCUUUAAUGGAAAGGCAACUGCGUCUUGGAAAGCAGCAACGUUAAACGUAAGCCUCGGAAGAGUUUAUACAGUCAUUCCAGCUUGCUUCCCGACUGGCGCAGCUGCAAUCUACACCAUUGUAAAUGGUCUUGUCUCGAAAGUGCCCCUUAUUAUCAAAAUCGCCUAA